AUGUCGGUCGAUGGUGUGAAAAUACUUCCUGAUGUCGAAUUCCAAAAGCUGAUAAGGUUGGGACCGUGGUCGUCCGUCUCCGGUUUACCGGACAAGAAUAUUCUGAGAUUGACUAGCCAGCUGGGUAUUGAAAAGGAGUCAGAUGUCUGCGCGGUUGGAGCGGAUGCUAAUGAUGAGAUGCUUGAGUUGCUGCUCUCUAAUAUGAAGGGAAAAGACAUCAAUGAACUGAUUGCAUCUGGAAGAGAGAAGAUGGCUUCGGCCGUGUCUGGCUGUGGCGGUGGUGGUGUUGGCAGUGGUGCGGUGGAGGUGAAGAUAGCGGAGAAGGCAGAAGAGAAGAAAGAGGAGAAGGUUGCUGAACAGAAAGAAGAGGAGGAGUCUGAUGAUGAACCUAUUCUGAAUCUGUUUGGUGACGAUUAA